AUCAGAGACAUUGAGAGGCAAAAUCGGAAAAAAGAAAAUAUUCGUCUUUUGGGAGAACAGAUUCUUCUGACUGAGCAACUUGAAGCAGAAAGAGAGAAGAUGGUGUUGGCAAAAGGAUCUCAAAAAACGUGACUUGAAAUGCGUGUGAGAUAUUGAUGGAACAGACAGCGUUAAGUGUGUGUGAGUGUUGAUGGAGAACAGCUUAGUGCGAUCUUCAGCCUUUUUGUGGUCACCGUCCUUUUAAACUUGAUCAGAAAAAGGACGAUGGAUCGUAUAUUCUAAAUAAUUGCUUUAAGUGCCCCUUGUGUCUGAGUAGAGUCAGGCAGACGCUCUUCUGAGAGUGUGUUUGUGUGGUCAGCAAGGAGCCCCUUCAAGCUUAGUGUCCAGAAACUGGGAUUGUUCCCAAGAGCACUGAACCUGCAAGCCGGGAGGGAUGGAGAGUAACAUCCAUCUGAGCAGUUUGAUCAGUCGGCACGACGAUGAAGCCACAAGAACGUCCACCUCGGAGGGGCUGGAGGAGGGGGAGGUGGAGGGGGAGACUCUGCUGAUCGUCGAGUCAGAGGACCAGGCGUCUGUGGACUUGUCUCACGACCAGAGCGGGGACUCCCUAAACAGUGAUGAAGGGGACGUGUCGUGGAUGGAGGAGCAGCUGUCCUACUUCUGCGACAAGUGCCAGAAGUGGAUCCCAGCCAGUCAGCUGAGGGAACAGCUCAGUUACCUUAAGGGUGAUAAUUUUUUUAGGUUUACUUGUUCUGAUUGCUCUGAAGAUGGCAAGGAGCAGUAUGAGCGGCUGAAGCUGACAUGGCAGCAAGUGGUCAUGCUGGCGAUGUACAACUUGUCCCUGGAAGGUAGUGGGCGUCAGGGCUAUUUCCGGUGGAAAGAAGACAUCUGCGCUUUCAUUGAGAAACAUUGGACUUUUUUGCUUGGGAAUAGGAAAAAGACCUCCACCUGGUGGAGCACGGUGGCGGGCUGCCUUAGCGUGGGGAGCCCCACGUACUUCCGCUCAGGAGCUCAGGAAUUUGGAGAACCGGGAUGGUGGAAGCUCGUCCACAACAGGCCCCCUACCCUGAAACCCGAGGGAGAGAAGCUGUCCAUCUCCACUCUGAAAGUGAAAGCAGCCUCGAAACCAACUUUAGAUCCCAUCAUUACUGUCGAGGGACUUAGAAAGCGGGUGAGUCGGAAUCCUGUGGAAUCUGCCAUGGAAUUGAAAGAGAAAAGGUCUCGCACUCAGGAAGCGAAGGACAUCCGGAGAGCCCAGAAAGAGGCGGCUGGCUUUCUUGACCGCAGCACCUCCUCGACGCCUGUGAAGUUCAUCAGCCGAGGACGUAGGCCGGAUGUGAUUCUGGAAAAAGGAGAAGUGAUCGACUUCUCGUCCCUGAGCUCCUCCGACCGCACCCCGCUGACAAGCCCAUCUCCUUCCCCGUCUCUGGAUUUCUCUGCCCCUGGGACCCCUGCCUCUCACUCAGCCACGCCCAGCCUGCUCUCAGAAGCCGAUCUGAUUCCAGACGUGAUGCCGCCACAAGCCUUGUUUCACGAUGACGAUGAGAUGGAAGGCGAUGGUGUCAUCGACCCUGGGAUGGAGUACCUCCCACCCCCUCCCGGCUCGGCUGCCUCGGGGCCAGGGGUUGGAGGCAGGAAGAAGGUCAGAGCCCCUGAGCAGAUCAAGCAGGAGGUGGAGAGUGAGGAGGAGAAGCCCGACAGGAUGGACAUCGACAGCGAGGACACAGACUCCAACACGUCCUUGCAAACAAGGGCUCGAGAGAAAAGGAAGCCCGUGCUGGAGAAGGACCGGAAGCCCAAAGGGCCCAGGUUCACCCCUGUGAGCAUCUACGAGGAGAAGCUGCUCCUCAAGCGGCUGGAAGCCUGUCCUGGGGCCGUGGCCAUGACCCCGGAGGCCCGGCGGCUGAAGCGGAAGCUGAUUGUCCGGCAGGCGAAGAGGGACCGGGGGCUGCCGCUCUUUGACCUGGAUCAGGUUGUGAAUGCCGCGCUUCUGUUAGUGGACGGGAUUUAUGGGGCCAAAGAAGGAGUUUCCAGGCUUCCAACUGGACAAGCCAUGUAUAGGACGACCUGUCAGGACUUCAGAAUCCUUGACCGGUACCAGACUGCCUUGCCAUCCAGGAAAGGAUUUCGGCACCAGACCACGAAGUUUUUGUACCGUUUGGUGGGGUCGGAAGAUAUGGCUGUGGACCAGAGCAUUGUCAGCCCUUACACUUCUCGGAUCCUAAAGCCUUACAUCAGGCGUGAUUAUGAAACAAAGCCACCCAAACUGCAGCUGCUGUCCCAGAUUCGUUCCCACCUGCACAGGAGUGACCCUCACUGGACGCCAGAGCCGGACGCACCUCUUGAUUACUGCUAUGUCCGGCCAAAUCACAUCCCGACGAUAAACUCCAUGUGUCAGGAGUUUUUCUGGCCUGGUGUUGACCUGUCCGAGUGCCUGCAGUACCCGGACUUCAGUGUCGUCGUCCUCUAUAAGAAAGUCAUCAUUGCCUUUGGCUUCAUGGUCCCCGAUGUGAAGUACAACGAAGCGUACAUUUCAUUUCUGUUUGUCCAUCCUGAGUGGAGAAGAGCAGGGAUUGCAACUUUCAUGAUUUAUCAUCUGAUUCAGACCUGCAUGGGCAAGGACGUAACCCUUCACGUCUCAGCGAGCAACCCUGCUAUGCUGCUCUACCAGAAGUUUGGAUUCAAGACUGAAGAAUAUGUUUUAGAUUUUUACGAUAAAUAUUACCCCUUGGAGAGCGCGGAGUGUAAACACGCGUUCUUCCUGCGGCUGCGACGCUGAUGUGAGUGCACCUCUUCACAGAGGGCACACAUGCUCGCAGAGAAGGGCCGUCAGUAGACCCCCAGCAGCAGGUGCUCGCUUCACUGCGGGUUCUGAUCUCAGCUGAGCUGAGAGCGGCGUGGGCAGUGGCGUCAGUAGUGGGUGCCCCUUCGGCUGAGUCGCUGUCCAGCCCUUUCUGGACAGGCCUUUGCCCACACCUUGGAUUCCACGGUCAACUAAGACUGGCAGGUGCGCUGUCCUUUGCCCGACAGCCUAUUGAGCCAGGAAGGUCCAAACUGAUGUUCUUGGGGAGAGAGAUUCUGUCCCGUUUAAAGUGUGAGAAGUGUGAUCGCAGUUAAGCGUUCCUGCGGUGCUUCCUUCAGAGGCACUGUGCUGUCCUGGGGUGGUGAGAUGAUCACACGGGGACGCCAGCCCGUCCCAGCCUGGCUGUGCUGUCACUGAAGCCAGGGGGACCCCUCGGGCACUCGCUGACUUUGGUCAUGGUGUUUGUGUGUGACGUCGCCUCAGCUGCGCCCCCGUGAGCAUCCCCCACCGGGGCCCUGGCCUGGGAGGCGGGAUCCUGUUCUCCCCUCCUGUGGCUGGAGUAGCUGAGUGGCCUGGCAUUUCAGUUGUGCCCCCGGAUGGAGACGAGCGGCGGUGGGAGGGGAGCCGGCCAUGGACGGUCCCGUCUUGUCUGCGGAACGAGGCUGUUGGUGGGUUUGUGAGUGUUGGAGCUGGACUGUCAGGUGUUUUUGGAUUUAGCAGGAACAUUUCCAGAAGUAUCCGAUGUUCUCAAAUAAAAAUCUUUCCUUGUGACAGCC